GCUUGUUGUUUUUUUUCCUCUUUUUUUUCGUGCUGUCUGUUUCGGACUCCGGGACGCUGUUUAAGCUCGACUGACAGAAUAAAAAACGGAGGAAAAAAAGUGAUAAAAACAAACAAAACUAUAAAACUAAACUAAACGAAAUCUAAUCUAAACCCUCUGAAGGAUACGGGACGUCCCAUAUCGAGCGGCGGAUGGAGAACAGUGAUGAACUGGGAGUGUUCACGGUCAUACACCACAGGACCAAAGCCUCUGGGUGUCCCCCGUCCUCCGGGGGAUGGACCUCCUCACAGGGACCUCUGAAUGGCUGGGACAUGACGUCCAGUAGAGACGGCCGCGGCGACUGCUUCAUCGAUCACGUUUCUCAGUCUAGCUCACUGGAGGAGGUGCGUCUGGGUCUGGACGGGGGGGAUAAGUUGGUGCCCCCAGCGCCCCGAAAGGUUGAGAUGAGACGGGAUCCGGUGUUGGGCUUCGGCUUUGUGGCAGGAAGUGAGAAACCUGUGGUGGUCCGCUCCGUCACCCCAGGUGGUCCUUCUGAGGGAAAGCUAUUUCCUGGAGACGAAAUCAUCAUGAUAAACGAGGAGGCGGUCAGCUCCGCUCCCAGAGAGCGAGUCAUCGACCUGGUCAGGAGCUGUAAGGAGGCCAUUGUUCUGACAGUCGUCCAACCGUACCCCUCACCCAAGUCUGCCUUCAUCAGCGCUGCCAAGAAGGCCAAGCUGAAGUCCAACCCAGUCAAAGUGCGUUUCGCAGAGGAGGUCAUUAUUAACGGUCAAGUACCUGAAACUGUGAAGGAUAACUCUCUUCUCUUCAUGCCAAACGUGCUGAAGGUGUAUCUUGAAAAUGGACAGACGAAGUCCUUCAAGUUCGACUCAAACACCUCCAUCAAGGACGUUCUCCUGACCCUCCAAGAGAAGCUGUCCAUUAAGAGCAUCGAGCACUUCUCUCUGAUGCUGGAGCAGAAGACGGAGGGGUCCAGUACCAGGCUGAUGCUGCUGCACGAGCAGGAGAUGCUAACUCAGGUCACGCAGAGGCCGGGGUCACACAAGAUGAAGUGUUUUUUCCGCAUCGCAUUUGUUCCGAAGGACCCGGUGGACCUUCUGAGACGCGACCCUGUGGCGUUCGAGUACCUCUAUGUACAGAGCUGUAAGGACGUGGUUCAGGAGCGUUUCGGCUCUGAGCUGAAGUAUGAUACGGCUCUGAGGCUGGCGGCGCUGCAGAUGUACAUCCUGACCCUCAACACCAAGCACACCCAGAAGGUCUCCCUCAAAUACAUUGAUAAAGAAUGGGGUUUAGCCCUCUUUCUGCCUCCAGCAGUUCUGUCCAGCAUGAAGGAGAAAAACAUCAAGAAGGCAAUCACACACAUUCUGAAGACCAAUCAGAACCUGGUUCCUCCUGGAAAAAAGCUGACAGCUCUGCAGGCAAAGGUUCACUACCUGAAGUAUCUCAGUGAUCUCAGGCUGUACGGGGGGAGAGUGUUUAAAUCCACACUGCUGCAAGGGGAGAAACACACGGAGGUGACGCUGCUGGUUGGGCCUCGGCACGGCAUCAGCCACGUCAUCAACACCAAAACCAACCUGGUGGCUCUGCUGGCGGAUUUUAGUCACGUUAACCGUAUCGAGAUGUACACGGAGGACGAGAGGAACGUCAGGGUGGAGCUCCACGUGCUGGACGUCAAGCCCAUCACGCUGAUAAUGGAGUCCAGUGAUGCCAUGAAUCUGGCGUGUUUGACCGCGGGCUACUACAGACUUCUGGUGGACUCCCGGCGCUCCAUCUUUAACAUGGCCAAAAACAGCACAGAGGGACACAACUCACGAGAAAAGCACAACUACCAGGCGAUAGACUGGAAUUACGGAUCGUGUGGCGGCUGCGAGGACCACGGCAGGGGUCUGUCGGAUCCGGACUCGGAUUACGACGUCUGCGGGAGGCGGGACAGCGAUGUUGCCCCGAUCUACAUCACAGAGCUCCACCAAUCCCAGCGGGCGAUCAGAGGAGCCCCCAUGCACCCCCAUGGGCACCCUCCGCCCUACUACACUGCCCCUAGAAUCAAGCCCCAGGAGUCUCCACGCAGUGCAAAGGUGUCCUUCAUAUUCGGGGACCCUCUGCUGGACAGUGUGAACCCACAGAACUUGGGCUAUCAGAGGUUGAUGGAGGACAUCCCUGAGGUUCUGGAUGAACACAGAGCUUUGUACGGACAGCAGGAGGACUACAAGCCUUUGGAACCAUCGUUUGACAUGGUGGACGGCAUCCAGUACGGCGCCCACAUGGUCUACGGCGACGCGAAAAUCUUCGGCACCACCGACGGCAUCGAGGAGCCGCUGUUGCACGACAUCUGCUACGCUGAAACCACGGACGACGCUGAGGACGAGGACGACAUCAGCUGCGAGGAGGACAUGACGAUGAUGGGAGAACUGAGGGACAAAGCGACUUCGCUGUUGUCCCUUUCAGAAUCCAGCGACGACAUCAUCGACUUGACGUCCCUGCCGCCGCCACCGGAGGGCACGGACGAGGAGGACUGUGACGUCCUCCUGCAGUCUCUGAACCUGGCUAUUGCCGCGCCGCCUCCAGGGUUCAGGGACAGCUCGGACGAAGACGAGCACCAUGGGGCACAAGCAGGAACGAGGAAGAACCAGAGCGACAUCCCGGUGUCUCUGAUCGACUCUGUGCCGAUGCAGGUGAGCAGGGGGACGGAAGAAGUCCUGGAUGACGCCGUGGUCUCCACCCUGCAGGCACUGGAAGCUUUGGCGGCUUCCGAAGACCAUUCGCACCAACAAUCGGACAAUAGUUCAGGUGUAGAAAUAUCUCGCUCCUUUAGCCCCGAGUCUGCUUCAGAUUCUGGAAACGAGACUAAUUCUUCUGAAAUGACGGAGAGCUCAGAGCUGGCGGCAGCUCAGAAACUCUCCGAAAACCCUCUGAAAAUGUUUGUAGCUACAGCUGAAGGCUAUCAAAGUGUUUCAGAGGAGAAGACAGAGUUUCGGUUAACUGCUUGCGACGCAAGAACCGCUCCGAGGAACGAGGAGAGCGACUGCCAAUCCGGUACGGUUCCUUCUUCUCAGACCCUUCGCUCAGACCACCUAGAGAUGGAACCAGAGACCAUGGAGACCAAAUCUUUGACCGACUACUUCAACAGAAUGCACAUGGAUGCUAUUAUGGGUAAGCGGCAAGGAAAGGUGGAUGACGGCGCCUGCAGGGUAACAUCCCUUGGCGAAAAUGAACCUCGGCAUGGGGACAUAGUUGGGAAAUACAACAACUUCAACGCAUUUCCGCCGUAUCAAGAGAAGAGUUUGAGAUCGCAACAGAUUCUAGACAACAAAAUGAGCGAGCACAUUUACUCAGAGUUCAUCAGCGACACCAGCAUGUCUCAAGCAAACCUGACGCCCCAAAAAAGAAACAAACUAGAAUCCAGGGACAUGGGCGGCACGAUGAACUUGAGUAAACCCAGAGGACCCGCAACGGACCUGAACACUCAUUCCCCUGCAGAAGAAGCAUACCUAAACGAGCAAGCAACGACUGAACACCAGCAAAUGAAGGCAUCCCAGGCUGAGAAGGAGGUGACGAGGUUGUACGAGUACCAUCUGACCAAGAGGAUGUCCUCAAUCCAGAGUGAAGGUAUACACUCCCUGCAGAGCUCACAGUGCUCCUCCAUCGACGCCGGUUGCAGCACCGGCAGCAGUAGCUGCGUGACGCCCAUGGAUUCGCCACUCUGCACCGCAGACAACGUCCACCUGCUCUCUGAAUCUUCUCUGAAGGGUCUUGGAUACCCGGGCGCAGAAGAGAAAGGCUACAGCCAAAGCCCACACAGCUCUCACAACAAACUCCUCCAUCAGAAUGUAGACCCUACAGUUUUACGGAAGCACCACGCACCACCUGGUGCUGAGCCACUGAGUGGCACAGGACGUGAAGGAUGCCAAAGAAUGCCCAAGAUUAGAGAAACUACAGUGUAGCACGUUGGAGAUGAGAGGAGAAGAAAUGGAGGAGGGCUUGUGUUUUGCACUCAGUACAUCUGUACCCACCAAUCACUCAUGCAUUGCACAGAGACUUGGGGCCAAACCAGAGGUCUCUGGAGGUCCUGACGUUCUUAUUUUGAGCUUCCCCCGAUACUUCCCCACGUAGGACCCCCGCUCUGGUCGCCUCAGGACGACGGAGGAGAUGGAGUUUCCAUCUGAAACAUAAAGAAACUCUUAUUGGCUCAGGGAGAUUUGGACCUUCAUUUGAACGAACUUCUUAAACAAAUUUAACAAUGGACAAGCAGCCAAACCAUAAUAAAAGGGUGCUAGAGGAAUUACGAAAACCUGCCAAUGUCUCUCAGCUUGUUCGUUCUCAACUAUUCUACCAACUGAAUAAAGAAAAGCUCAUUUUUUCGGUCGCCAACUUUCAUUCCACACAGCGGAUCUGCGUCUGGUUGUUCCCAAGCUGAUAAAAGGAUAAAAUACAGCAUGUCCUGCUCAUCCCUGCAGCACAAUGAGAGAUCGCAGGAAAGUUCAACAAGAUCAUGAUAUAAGCCUGCUGUACCUUCUGGAACAUUAUGAGCCAAACACAACUCCGCGCACAGCAUCCUCUAAUUCAGCGCUUCUGACUGUGCUACCUGACUGUGGUCAUUCACCACCACCUGAGACCAUUUCCUCUUUCAGACACUCUUCAAAAAGAAAGAAUGCAGCUGAAUUUCAGCUUCUUCAAAGCCAUACAUAGACACACGGUUACAUCCGAGCACCUGACACAGCAGCGGUGAUCAAGGUGUAACCAAGGUGGCCAACGCUUUGAUAAUCCACGCCUUGUGUAUAUUUUGUGUAAUAUGUAAAAUAAAGAGAACAGUUCUACAUAGAGAAUUUUUAAAAGAAGAAAUAUUGAUUCUAAUCUAAUUGUUAGGUGCGUUCUUAUGAUUAUAUAGUGUACGAUUAUAUAAGCAGAUUCGACUUCGAUUAUUUAUUAUUAUUAUUAUUAUUAUUAUUAUUAUUUAUUAUUAUUUACAGUAUUAUGUACAAGCGCCUCACUUCAGAAUCGAAAGCACUACUUCAGUGACUUUAGUGUAAAAAAUAUAUAUCUAAAAUAAUAAUGCUACAGAAAUGGACACUUUUCACUAAACCAUGUCACUAAAUCAGUGUGCAAUUAUUUUGCAAAAGGAGCAGAUGUUUUACGAUCUUAUUACUUACUUACUUAAGUCAAAUGUGGUUUAUUUACAUUAUCAAGCAUAUUAAAUAUUUCCAGAGUUGUCAUCAUCAUAAUCUUGUGCUGUCUUUAUUUCAACUUACACUAUACUGUAUGUAUUUGUCCUUUUCUACUGUGUUCUUUACUCAGUGUGGACAACAAUUCUUCCAAAUUGCAAAUACAAAUAUUGUCAUUUAGAGCAUUUAUUUACAGAAAAUGAGAAAUGGCUGAAAUAAAAUAAAAAUAGCGGA